GUUAAUGAUAUUUUAUUUUCUGUAUCCCAUCACAUAUAGAAUUUAUUCAGCGAAGGGAAAUAUGGAUCGAUGUUAAAGAUACAUAUGUAGGUUUUAAAACACUAAUAAACGCAACAUAUGUUACACGUAAUACAAGCCACUGCCGUCAGCCACUGAUACAAUUUACCGUGAACUAGUCGUACAUGAUCGCCCCCGGUACACGAACCGUGAAUGGCGAUAUUUAAACUGUCGGUAUACGUAUAAUACAAGUACACCCUACAUUUAGCCUACACGUAAACAAAGCCACCAUGUUGUAAAAGUCUUCACGGAAAUAGUGUAAGGUAGACCAACGACUUUGUGAAGUUUUGGUUGGACGUACGAGUGCAGAGCGGAGGAUACACCGAGUUAACAAAACGGAAAUGACAUGAAAUUUUUACUGGUUUUCUUGGGAUUAUUUCUUCUGGCGGACGGAUGGAACCGGAAGGUUGCAGAAGCCGACACGAAGCUAGAUUACCUCCGCCAAUUGAUCAUUGAAAUCAAAUAUAAAUUAAUGCUCGAUAUCGAAGCAGACAAAACAAACAACCAUGAAAAGUUCAAAAGUAAAGAGAGAUCAUGUAGCUCACUUGAUGAAGAGGUCACUCGUGAUUGGCUACGAAGAACCAAUGAGGAACAUCGGAUUGAGAUGAACAGAAAUGUGGUGGAUAGCUGGAAUUACGAGUCGAACAUUACCGAUGCUACUAAACAGAAGAUGACGGAAAGUAAUGUGAGAUUUACGGCGUAUGAACGGGGGUUAGGGGAGGAAGCCGCAAAAUGUCAGAACGAAAACUUCUCAAAUGAUACCAGCAGAAAACUCAAACUACUAAACCAGAUCUUCUCACCUAAAGACCCGAAGAGAGUCAAAGAGCUAGAAGAUUUGGAGGCCGACCUUACAGAGAUAUACGGGAACGCUGUGGUGGAAAUAAACGGGAAGAAGUUACAAAUCGAACCGGAACUUACGGAGAUCAUGGCCAACAGCCGAAACGAGACGGAGUUAAGGGAAGCCUGGGAAAAAUGGCGUAACGUCACAGGUGCAAAGAUGAAGACAAAGUAUACUCGACUUGUAGAACUUCAGAACAUCGGAGCCAGCGAUAAUGGUUACACAUCACAGGCGGAGGUAUGGCUGACAACAGACUUCGACGAAAUCGCUGGAAUAGAAGAUAUGUGUGACAGGUUGUGGUCUGAACUAAAACCUUUAUAUUCGGAACUACACAAAUAUGUCCGCAAUAAACUGAAGGACUUCUACAAGAAUGACGUCACGUUCCCAGACGACGGGUCCAUACCCGCCCACCUACUAGGAAAUAUGUGGGCACAAGAAUUUGUAGGAAUUUUCGAUAUUGUGAAACCCUACGAUAUACAAAACGAAAAUUACGAUGAGGUGCUGAAAGAGCAGGGGUAUACACCGAGGAAGAUGUUCGAGAAGGCGGAAGAAUUCUACGUGUCUUUAGGACUACCGAAAAUGACGGGAAAAUUCUGGAAGAAUUCUAUUAUUGAAAAACCAACCGACCGUAGUCUAGUUUGUCAUGCUUCUGCUUGGGACUUGUAUGAUGAUGGCGAUUUCCGAAUAAAGAUGUGUACAAACAUGACGAUGGACUACUUUGAGACGAUUCACCACGAGAUGGGUCACAUCCAGUACUAUAUGGCGUACGAGGAUCAGCCGGUCGUUUAUCGUCGGGGCGCCAACGGGGGAUUUCACGAGGCUAUCGGCGACACUAUUGCCAACGCUGUCCGGACACCCACACACCUGUGUGAAUUAAUUGGAGUAGCAUGCGCUAGUCCGGCCGUGGACAAACAGGAGGCGGAUCUGAACUACCUGAUGAAGAAAGCACUCAUCAAGGUUGCCUUUUUGCCGUUCGGCUUACUGAUCGACAAGUACCGGUGGGCGGUGUUUAGGGGGUCCAUCAAACCUGAUGAAUACAACUCAGAGUGGUGGAGGAUGAGGAUGGAGUACCAGAUGAUAUCCCCCCCUUCGCACCGAGGGGAGGAGUACUUUGACCCCGGUGCAAAAUACCACGUAGCCGCCAGCGUCCCCUACAUCCGGUAUUUCAUUAGUUUCGUGGUACAGUUCCAGUUCUACGAGUCAAUGUGUAAAGCCGCCGGUCACGGACACAAGCCGCUACACCAAUGUGACUUUUACAGAAAUAAGGACGCCGGCCAAAAACUACAUGAUAUGAUGAGUCUUGGAGGGAGUAAACCAUGGCCCGAGGCGCUAAAGCAGAUGACAGGUGAACUGGAUAUCAGCGCUGGGUCCAUCAUGCGGUACUUUCAGCCUCUGCUGGAUUGGAUGAAAGUUGAGAACAGAAAAAAUGACGAACAAAAUAAUUUGUAAAACCUGCUGUGAUACUGUAACAUCAUCUAUAAUAAAUGUUUGUCUGUUUUGUUGAU